AUGAUCAUGUCGCGGAGGACGCUGGGUGGAGGUCGUGUUCUCGGCAACCCAAGCGCUCUUGCUUCAGCUCCGUCCCCGCAGCCGAAGCCGCGGGUGCUCUCGCCGACAGCUAGCAGCGUUUCCCUGAGUUCACAGGCCUCAGCAUCACAAUUCUCGACAGAAACUCACGAUAUCACCUCACGAAUAUCACUAGAAAAUGGCGAUACUUCGAUAUCUGCGGCCCCGGCUGCUCCGGGUGCCCAGCUCUCCUGUCCGAUCUGCAGCGAGGAAAUGAUGACUCUACUACAGCUCAAUAGACACCUCGACGACAUCCAUCAGAACCUAGAAGAGAUCCGACAAGAUGAAGUCAAAGACUGGUUUAAGAUUCAAAUGGAGAAGGCAAGGAAGUUCCAACCUCUGGCAGUUUUGAACCAGAAGUUGAAGGGCCUGGAUGUCUUCGAAUCAAACGAAAACCAGGGCGCGCCUAUCCCCGGCCUCCCCAGCCGCUCGCAAGCUCCCCACGUGGGCAUUCCCGAGCCUCCGAAAUUGCUAGACCCGGAAGAUCUCAUCACGAAAGACCACUGGCAACCGAGUUCUAUCUACGACGAAUGUCUGGAGCCAUCAUGUGGGAAACGACUGAACACCAUCAACGGGUGUGUGAACUGCCGGAGUUGCGGGAAGCUAUUUUGUGAGGAACACACGAUGUAUCAGAUGAAGCUUUCGCGGUCGGCGCAUCAUGAACCAGUUCGAGGAAUAUGGGCUCGAGUAUGCGAAACCUGCUACAAGUCAAGAGAGGGCUACAAUGAUCACAAUGGUGCGACGAGAAAUCUAACAAAUGCGUUCAAUUCAAUACGAAAACAAACUGUCGACAAGGAGUUUCUGGAGAUUUCCCGACUCGAGAAACGACUGACUCGUCUCACCCAGAUGUUGGCUAGUCUGCCACCAGAUCAAAUACACCCUAGUGCAACGAAACUGUUUUCUCUUGCGUGGCAGAGCGAUCAACGCAAGGAGAUAGAGCAAAUGAUCGUCAGCUGGCAAGAUGAUGCCAGUGUUUCACGGUGUCCAUUUUGUCAACAGGAGUUCUCGGGCUAUACGUUCCGUAGGCAUCACUGCAGAACUUGCGGACGAGUGGUGUGCGGUGAUCCCAGUACUGGGUGUUCGAGUGAGAUUGGACUCAGCAUCUCUCCCGCGACCUCUGAGAAAGCCAAUGGGGACAACCUUAUCAACGUCGAUGUGAGACUGUGCAAGGAAUGCAAGUCGACCCUCUUUGAUCGACGCGACUUCAAAGCAGACACUAUGCGAAAGCCUCCGGAGAUCAGGGCCUACGAAAACCUGGUCCAAUUUGAGCGAGGCAUCCGUCUUCAUUUACCUAGAUUCCAAAAGCUAUUGACAGCUCUGCAAGACCCAAGACGGCCUCCAUCCUCUGCCCAAAUCGCCGAUGCGUCCAAAGUUCGCAAGCGGCUUAUUGAUUCGUUUGCGCAGUAUGACAUUGCAGCUCGACGAAUUCGCGACAUGCCAACCGACUCCCCCACGCAGAAAAAGUUGCAGAAGGCUAUAUAUCAACAAGCCAGCAACUUCCUUCACCUGCAUAUGCUACCCUUGAAAUCCCUUCCCAAAAUCCUCAAGCAUACGACCCCGGCGUCAGACAGGAUACCCAGCCGGACAAUCUCCCCAAGUACUCCAGUAAAUGGCUCUACGAGGGGUCUACGUUCUCCAGAGACUGCCCUUUCGUCCAUCAAAUACAACAGCGUCGCCGCGAGCGGUAGCAACACCAGCUUGGCCAGCGACACUAGCAGCGCCGUUUCAGCCCUGGAAGCAGAAGAAAAAUCCCUUCGAGACCGGCUGAUCGUGUUAGAAGAACAGAAGUUCUUUGUGUCCGAGAUGAUCGCAGAUGCCAAUCGACGACGUAAGUUCGAUGAAGUGAGCAGUCUUGCAAUGAACGUCGAGGAUCUAAGCCGCGAGAUCGAUCGCGUCAACGGCAUGCUUGCAAAUCUUGAUUUCGAAGGCGUUUAUACGGGCAAUCCGCAGCCAAGCACUUGA